GUCAGAUCUGUAGCACCAAGCAGCCAAGGAGGUAGCAAGUGACAAGAAAGGCUAACAGCUCAGGACCUCCUUCUAAGAACAGAAUGGCAGAAGAGUGGGGAAAACAGAGUUUUGCUGCAAGGCGGUAUCAUGAAGAUUCAACCAGGGGAUCAGCCUUCGUUUACACAAACAGCAAUAACACCAGAGAUCCCUUUGAGGGUCCCAAUUACCACAUUGCACCUCGAUGGAUUUACAAUCUUGCAACACUCUGGAUGUUUGUCGUGGUGAUCUUAUCAGUCUUCACCAACGGUCUCGUCUUAGUGGCCACAUGGAAGUUCAAGAAACUGCGUCACCCUCUAAACUGGAUCUUGGUCAAUCUAGCCAUUGCUGAUCUGGGAGAGACUGUUUUUGCCAGCACCAUCAGUGUAUGCAACCAGUUUUUUGGCUACUUCAUUCUAGGACACCCAAUGUGUAUCUUUGAGGGCUAUGUUGUCUCAACUUGUGGUAUUGCUGCUCUUUGGUCCCUGACAAUCAUCUCCUGGGAAAGAUGGAUAGUUGUGUGCAAACCUUUUGGAAAUGUCAAAUUUGAUGCCAAAUGGGCCACAGGUGGAAUUGUCUUCUCCUGGGUCUGGUCUGCAUUUUGGUGUGCUCCUCCCAUGUUUGGAUGGAGCAGGUUCUGGCCUCAUGGACUGAAGACUUCCUGUGGACCUGAUGUGUUCAGUGGAAGUGAAGACCCUGGAGUACAGUCCUACAUGAUUGUUCUCAUGAUUACUUGCUGUUUCCUCCCCCUGGGUGUCAUCAUCCUGUGCUACCUUGCUGUGUGGCUGGCCAUCCGUGCUGUUGCCAUGCAGCAGAAGGAGUCAGAGUCAACCCAGAAGGCUGAGAAGGAAGUCUCCAGGAUGGUCGUUGUCAUGAUCGUGGCUUAUUGUGUCUGCUGGGGACCUUACACCUUCUUUGCCUGCUUUGCCGCAGCCAACCCUGGAUAUGCCUUCCACCCUCUGGCUGCUGCUAUGCCUGCAUACUUUGCCAAGAGCGCUACUAUCUACAACCCAAUCAUCUAUGUCUUCAUGAACAGACAGUUCCGCACAUGCAUCAUGCAGCUCUUUGGCAAACAAGUGGACGAUGGCUCUGAAGUCUCCACAUCAAAGACAGAGGUCUCCUCUGUGGCUCCCGCAUAAAUAUCCAUGUUCUCCAUUUUGGGAAAAAAAAGAUAAAUGUUUUGAUUUGUACAGUAAAUAUUUAUUGUUUCCUUUUUUCUUUCUUUUUUAGUAAAUAUAGCUUUCUCUGGCAAAUGAAAAAGCAAAAAAAAAAUACACAUAAAGCAAAUGAAUCAUUAUAUUACUUGUGUUUUUUCAAAUGUAAAUAAAAAUAUCAAGCAUA